AUGGGGCAGGAGGGCUUGAGAACUCAAGAGGAGGUGGUUUAUGGUCUUUAUAACUCUUCCUUUAAUUCUAAUCACCUUGUGAGCCUGACACACACAUGUGAGGUGCUGGCAGCUGCAGUUUACGAGUUUGUUGGAGGUUCCCGCUUCAGGUCCACAACGGGAUCGGGUGGGAACGCUGUUACAAGUCAAGGUCGGAAAGAGAUUAGAGGCUUGGUAGAAGAAAUAUCACCUCUGGUGAGCAGAGGAAGGGAUCCAGGCCCUUCCAGGAGUCAAGGCCUGUGGGUUCCCAUCAACCAGCUGCUGCCUAGCCUCUUGCCACCUGACCCCAAAGAAAACGUGAUGCCUUCUUGUCAGAAGCAUGAGGGAGGCCUUCAGGACCAAGGAGAGGAGCCAGACAUUGAUGAACAGAUUUUUGAGUCUGAAGAGGAGAGUGAAGAGGAGUUCUUCGCCACCUAUUCCUCCUCUUCUUCCUCUCCUCUGAUUCUAAGCAACCCAGAUGACUUUUUUGCUAUUCAGACACCGAGUCCUCCCCAGAGUCCUCCCCAGAGUCCUCCCCAGGGUCCUCAUAGCAUCUCCUCCCCUACAGCCUUUCCGUGGAGCCAAUCUGAUGACAGCUGCAGCAGCCAGGAAGAGGAGGGCCCACGCACCUGGCAGGACCCAGAAGAUGCAGAGUCUUUGCUCCAAAAUGCAUUGGAUGAGAAGGUGGAGGAGUUGGUGCAGCUCCUGCUCCAUAAGUAUCGAAUGAAGGAGCCGAUCACCAAGGCAGAAAUGCUGUCUUGUGUCAUCAAAGAUUAUGAAGACCAUUUUCCUGUGAUCUUCAGUAAGGUGUCUCUGUGCUUGCAGAUGGUCUUUGGCAUUGAUGUGAAGGAAGUAGAUCCCAUGGGUCACUCCUAUGUGCUUGAUACCGCCCUGGGCCUCACCUAUGAUGGUAUGCUAGAUGAUGAUCAGAGCAUGCCCAAGACCGGCCUUCUGAUAAUCAUCCUGGGAGUGAUCUUCACAGAAGGCAAUUGUGUCCCUGAGGAGGAGCUGUGGGAGGCGCUGAGUGUGAUGGGGGUACAUGUUGGGAGUGAGCACCACAUCUAUGGGGAGCCCUGGAAGCUCAUCACUGAAGAUUGGGUGCUAGAAGGGUACCUGGAGUACUUGCAGGUGCCCCAUAGCGAUCCUCCUCACUAUGUGUUCUUGUGGGGGCCAAGGGCCUAUGCUGAAACCAGCAAGAUGAGAGUCCUGGAGUAUUUGGCCAAGUUCAAUGGUGGUGAUGCCACAUCCUUCCCGCUGUGUUAUGAGGAGGCUUUGAGAGAUGAGGAAGAGAGAGCCCAGGGAAGAUUUGCCACUUCAAGUGGCACUAGUGCCAUGGCCAGAACAACUUCCAGCACCACAUCCAGAAGCUUCCCCUGA